CGCAUCCCGGGACCGCCCAGCCGCUCUCCGCGGGCUCUGCUGGACCUUAAACUGAAACCUUGGGGGCCGAGCCCAACCAGGAAUGCAAACAUCCUGACAACCCAGCUGAAGUCUCUGGGCCGGGAAGCUUGACACAGAGUAUCUACUUCCUUGGCUUCAACCAGCAAGUCUUCCAGUAUGAAUCCCACAGAAACCAAGGCCAUUCCAAUCAGCCAACAGAAGGAAGGACUGCAUCCUCCUAACAAGAAAAAACACAAAACACAGGCUGUUAAAAUAGAACCUGAAAAGAAGUCACAGUCAACUAAGCCAUCUACGGUUCAUGAGAAAAAAACCCAAGAAGUAAAACCAAAUGAACACACAGAGCCAAAAAGCCUACCCAGACACGCAUCCGAUACAGGAAGCAAGCAUGCUCAUAGUGAAAAAGCAGUUUCCAGAUCAAGUGAGCAGCCGACAUCAGAGAAAUCAGCAAAACCAAAGACUAAACCACAGGACACAAUUUCUGCUGGUGGAAAGAGUGUUGCCGGUGUAGCUGCAGUAUCUGGCAAACAGGAUGACAAGAAAACAGAAAAUAAAUCAUUAACCUCGACUGUACCAGUUGAAUCCAAACCGGGUAAACCAUCUGGAAAGUCAGGCAUGGAUGCUGCUUUGGAUGACUUAAUAGACACUUUAGGAGAACCUGAAGAAACUGAAGAAGAUAACACAACAUAUACUGGACCUGAAGUUUCGGAUCCAAUGACUUCUACCUACAUAGAAGAAUUGGGUAAAAGAGAAGUCACAAUUCCUCCAAAAUAUAGGGAACUUCUAGCCAAAAAAGAAGGGAUCACAGAGCCUCCUCCAGACUCUUCGAAACCAAUGGGACCCGAUGAUGCCAUCGAUGCCUUAUCAUCUGACUUCACCUGCAGUUCUACCGCUGAUAGAAAGGAAACGGAGGAAGAGAAAACUACGGGAGAGGUUUUGAAAGCUCAGUCAGCCACGGUAAUCAAAAGUGCUGUUCCACCCCACAAGAAAAAAAGAAAGGUGAAGGAGGACACAAUGAGCGAUGAAGCACUAGAUGCUCUUUCAGCUUCUCUGGGCCACCGGAAGUCAGAACCUGAGCUCGACCUCAGCUCCAUUAAGGAAGUCGAUGAGGCAAAAGCCAAAGAAGAGAAACUAAAGAAGUGUGGUGAGGAUGACGAAACAGUCCCGUCUGAAUACAGGUUAAAACCAGCCACGGAUAAAGAUGGAAAACCACUAUUGCCAGAGCCUGAAGAAAAAUCCAAGCCCCUGAGUGAAUCAGAACUUAUUGAUGAGCUUUCAGAAGAUUUUGACCAGAGUAAAUGUAAAGAAAAACCAUCUAAGCCAACUGAGAAAGCAGAAGAAUCUCAGGCGAGAGCCCCGGCUCCUGUGGGAGAGGAUGUGCCCCGGGCGUCCCUGUGCAGUGUACAGUCAGCGCCACCCAAGCCAGCUACCUCGAAGGACACGGUGCCAGAUGAUGCUGUGGAGGCCUUGGCUGGUAGCCUGGGGAAAAAGGAAGCAGAUCCAGAAGAUGGAAAGCCUGUGGAGGAUAAAGUCAAGGAGAAAGCCAAAGAAGAGGAUCGUGAAAAACUUGGUGAAAAAGAAGAAACAAUUCCUCCUGAAUACAGAUUAGAAGAGGUCAAGGACAAAGAUGGAAAACCACUCCUGCCAAAAGAGUCCAAGGAAUCCCUUCCACCCUUCAGUGACGAUUUCCUUCUCGAUGCUUUGUCUGAGGACUUCAGUGCUCCCUCACACACUUCGUUUCCAUUUAAAGACGCUAAACUUUCAGCUGCCAUCUCUGAAGUGGUUUCCCCAACCCCAGCUCCAACCACCCACUCUGCAGUUCCACCCCCUGACACUCAGAGUGAUGACAAAGAAAUUGACGAUGCCCUGGAUGAACUUUCUGACAGGCUAGGACACAGGCAGCCUGAUCCAGAUGAGAACAAACCAAUGAAGGACAAAGUCAAGGAGAAAGUUAAAGCUGAACAUAGAGAUAAGCUGGGAGAAAGAGAUGAUACUAUUCCACCUGAAUACAGACACCUCUUGGAUAAAGAUAAGGGCAAACCAAUGGCACCAAAGAAACCCGAGGAACCAAAGAAACCUGAAGAUGACCACGACCCCACUGAUGCCCUUUCAGGGGAUUUUGACAGCUGUCCUUCAACGACAGAAAACACAGCAACGGACAAAGACAAGAAGAAGAAGACUACUUCCAUCUCCAAAGCGCCCAAGAAUGGGGGAAAAGCAAAGGAUUCUGCAAAGGCAAAGGAGGAAACUUCCAAGCCAAAAGCUGAUGAAAAAAAUACAAGUUAAAGUUCACAUUUGGGUAUCUGCAUAUAAAAUCUUCAGCUGGUAAAUGGUGACUUUUGAAGAACAAAAGGCUUUGACAACAGAAAUUUUUCAGGGUGGCUAGACAGUGGUAUUUGUUGAGUCUUUUAACAUCCUAAACAUUGGUUUGUUAUUCUUUUCCUGGAAAGAAAUUGAAUUUGUCUGGUUCACCUGUGCUAUAUUGAACUGUGUAUCGAUAAACUUUGAAUUUUUAAAAAUUGCCUUCAGUUGGGAGAGAAAGAACUUUAUAUUUCUAAGAGAUGUAUCUGAUCGUUUCUUAAAGCAAUGCAUACAAAUAAGGAAAAACCUUUGCAAACUUUUGCACAUUCUACACACAGUGCCUGUAAAUCUCAUUAGUAUUUUCGGUUUGCACUUAAUUUUUGUUAUUAGCAUCUGGAAAACAGUGCUUUAAACAUUCUUCAAUGUCCUGAUAUCUCCUUACCUCUUUCCUCUUUGGGCUUUUGAACUCUAUUUGAUGUUUCUUUGGGUUAAUAAGUCAAAACAUAAAAUAUUGUAUAUUGGGUACAUAUCUCAUCUUGGGCUAAUAAAUUAACAGAUGACCUGAACAGAACAGGAAGCACCACAUCCUUUUUCGGGUUGAACUCUUCCUUGUCAGAAGUUAGGACUUCUGCACCUGAUAGCCAGCACACAACACAGAGACGUGAAUCAAGUCAAAAGAGCAAAAUGCAGACUAUAUGUCACUGCACAGCAAGUUCUAAGAAUAAAAUCUACUUCUUAGACUACUCAUGUGGCUUGAACUCUGUUGGUUUACUGUGUUAAGCUGUGCUUUUCAUUCUCUCUCUAUAAAACCUGAACAGCAUUGUUUGCUUAGAGCUGUUGCCACAGCUGUCUUUGCACUGUAUAGCAUCUGGCUUUAUGGAAGUUAGGUUUACUAAAUAUAAAACAAA